GUCCGGCCCGCACGGAGGUCGGCGGAGGUCGAUGUGGGCAAGGGGCCGUGCUGCAAACAGAAGGCCAGUAGAAGCCAGGGGGCCCUGCCCGCACCCUGAGCACAGCAGGGCCAGGGCCAGGGCCAGGGUUGUGGGGAGCCAUGGAGAGCUUCACGGAGUCUCUAAACAGGCUGAGAGACAUCCAUGAGAAUGAGGUCCUGGGCCUGCAGAACAAGCUUCUGGAACUGAACUCAGAGAGGUGUCGGGAUGCCCAGAGGGUGGAGGAGCUCUGCGCCAAGAACCACCAGCUCAGGGAGCAGCAGAAGGCGCUGAAGGAGAACGUGCGCGUGCUGGAGAACAGGCUGCGGGCCGGCCUGUGUGACCGCUGCAUGGUCACCCAGGAGCUGGCCAAGAAGAAGCAGCAGGAGUUUGAGAACACUCUACUCCAGAACCUGCAGCACGUCUUCAUCCUCACCAACGAGCUGAGCCGGCUGCAGGAGGAGAACGAGGCCUUGAAGGAGGAGGUGAAGCGGCUCCAGGGCCCGGGGCCCCAGCCCCAGUGCAUGGAAGGCACCUCAGACCCCCCCUUGCCCCUGCGGCUCCCCUCCCUGGGCACCCAGAAGGCUGUCACCAAGAAGCCACCAGGAGGCCACGAGGAGGCCAAGGACGACCACCCAGAAAAGUCAGUGGGGUACGGGACUUCGCCAGUGGCCAAAAUCUCCCCGGGGGCCAACCUGCCUGAGCCGCGGGCCUCAGACAUGAGCCCCCAGCGUAUCUCCAACCAGCUGCAUGGGACCAUCGCCGUGGUGCGGCCAGGGUCCCGGGCCCGCUCCACUGACCGGGGCUCCACCAACGAGACACUCCCGCUGCCACCCACAAGAAGCAGCCCACCCAGCCCAUCUUCCGAGCACAGCCUCCCCCUGGACAGCUUCCUGCGGGCCUCCCGGCCCUCUGCCAUCACCUAUGAGUCCCUGAGGCGCUCCCUCCAGGCUGACCGCCUCUGCCUCCUGAACCGCCACCUGUCCCUGCACCUUCGGAGCCCCCAGGCCCCUGCCACAGCCCCCAGUGGGCCCUGGCCCCAAGGCCUGAAGGCUGGGGAAGCAGAGGCCUGGGAGGAGCCCGCCGGCCUGCUGGGCCUGCCGGGCACCCCAGUGGACGUGCGGGACCCGCGGCUGGAGGGGGCACUGCACCUGCUCCUGGCCCAGCAGCUGCGGGCGCAGGGGCGGGUGGGUGGCGCCAGGCUGAGGAGCCUGCCCACGCCAGGGGAGACAUCGCCCUCCCCACCAGUAGACUCUGACUCUGAGGGCCUCGAGGUCCCUGAGGGCAAGGUGGCCGGGGCAGCCCUGCCUGGAGGGCAGCACCCACGGCCCACAGGCCCAGGCAGCCCCAGGAGGAAGGAGGCCACAGCCACACAGGACUACGUCCCAGACAAGCCCCUGGACCUCUCAGAGCGGGGCCGGGGCCGGGAUGCCCCCAAGCCCACCAACCAGCCGGGGUCGCUCAGCCCAACUGCCCACACUCCCAGCCCCAAGCUACCCCAGGGAGCGGAGCCACCUGCCCAGUCUGGACCCCAGGGACUCAGCAAUGGCACCAAGGAGGCCAGAGCACCGGAGCCAGAAGAGCCCCCCACUGCCUUGGACCCCCCACAUCCUCUCUCAGGGCCCCAGCCCAGCCUGCCAUCUCCAGGCAGGACAGGAGAUAAGGCCAGAGGGAGGCUAAAACUGCCCUCCCACCCGCAGAGGCCUGAUGCUGAUGGCCACUCAGAGGCGUUGCCACUCGUCCUAGCCUGGCAGGCUGGAGUGGCCUGUGCUUCCACUAGACUCCCAGGCCACCAGCCUGGCCUGACCUGCACCCUGCGUCCUGCAGAGCUCAGCAAGGCCGGAGCACAGCAGCCCGAGUCAGACGAGCUGGAUGAGCCAGACACCUCGGACAGUGAGGUGGGUCCCCGGCCGCAUGUUCGGGUGGGGCCAUGUCGAGAGGGCUGUCCCAGGCUUAGGGGGAGGGUCCUCGCCCUGACCACACCCCCCGCACCCCAGGUGGGCCUGAGCUCCGAGGUGGGGGCCCCGCUGAGCACGCCAGGUGGGGGGCCCAGGUGCUCCUGCUCCAAGGAGCGCAGGCAGGGCCUGCAGCAGAAGAGGAAGCGGGCCUCGGACCCAGAACCAGCAGACCCAUGGGGCAGAGCCACCAAGAAGCUGUCCAGAGGGAGAAGGACCCCAGGGGAGCCCCUGAUGGUGGCGGAGGAGCCCAGGGGCCCGAGGGACCCGGAGGACGGCAGCCCCUCACCCAGCAACAGCAGCUGGGAGGAGACCUAGCUGGCCGUGCCCCGGGCACCACAGCCUGCCCAGAUGAGACGUACCCCACCUGACAGCUCACAGCCAGGACGGCCCAUACCACCAGACCUGCAGACGGCCUAGCACGGGGGGAGGGGACUAGGUCCUGGCCCAUGAACAGAGGGGCUGGGAAGGCCGACAGGAGGUCUUGGGCUGGUCUUUCAAACCCCUUCAUCUUUAUCCAUCUCAGAAACGACCAGCUGUCCCUGCCGCCCCACCUUCGCCCCAGCAGCUGCUCCCUGGGGGGGAGUAGGGGGUCGCUCAGGCUGCAGCCCAGCCUCCAUCCCUGAGGACAGGCAGCCCUUCCCAGGCAGUGCCCCCCACCUCCAACCAUCCUGGACUCCUCCGGCACCCCAGACUCCCGGGGCCCUGCAUGCCUGGCCGCCCCUUUCCUGAUGGGGGCACGGAGUUCUGAGCGGCGGUCUCGGGCGCCCCCUCGUGGAGACCCACACACAGGCGCUGGGUGGCGAGUGCAGGGAAAGUGGCGGGCAGCGGUGCAGCGCCCUUGCAGAGAGGGUCCCCAGAGUGCUCAGAGAACAAAGGUGUAAAGAAGGAUGGCGUGUGCGGCUGGCGGGGUCGGGGGUCAGCCGGGCCUCCACCUGCCUGGGCAGGUGACUCAAGAGGCUGUUGAAUGCGUCCAGGGAUGGGGAGGUCACUUCCUUGCAGGAGGGCAAGAUCAAAAUCAGCGCCAUUUGCAGAGAAUUACAGGGGCCAUGGGGCCGGCCUGGUGGCUUAGUGGUUAAGUUCACACGUUCCACUUUGGCGGCCCGGUGUUCGCCAGUUCAGAUCCUGGACAAGGACCUACACACCACUCAUCAAGCCAUGCUGAGGCAGCGUCCCACAUAGAAGAACUAAAAGGACGUACAACUAGGAUAUACAACUAUGUACUGGGGCUUUGGGGAGAAAAAAAAAAAAGAGGAAGAUUGGCAACAGAUGUUAGCUCAGGACCAAUCUUCCUCAAAAAAAACCUUAACAGGGACCAAGGCGCCCCCUGGCGAGGGAAGAGAACAGAGAAUGUGCACCGACACAUUGUGCCCCACACAGAGCCUCCUUCUCACUGACACUCCUGAGUCCCUGGCCCCACAUCUGCCACUGACCCGUCAGCCAUCUGAAUGACCACAGGGUAGCUCAUCCAGGAUCUACCCACAGCCCUGGGGGAUAUUCUGCCCCUUGGGUCAUUGUCACUUUAGGAGGGCGUGUCUCAGCGCCUCCAUGGAAGGAGCUUAAACAGAUUCCUGGGCCCCACCCCAGACCCACCGAAUCAGGAUGGCAGGGUGGGCCUGGGAUUCUGUGUUUUAAGAA